AUGAUAAUUAUAAAGAAAUGGGACAUUUUAAAACCUAAAACUUUACUUUUUAAUUGGAAUAAAUAUUUUGGUAAUAUUCUUAUUAACAAUGAUAAAUAUAAGGAUUUAAAUACAAAAAAACCAUACUACAUGUUUAACCAAAUUAGAUGGAAAAAAAAUAGAAAAAAAAGAGAAAGGAUAAAUUUAAAUGAAGAACAAAAGAAUACGAAAUUAAAAAUCCCUCCUAUAAGAUUGGAAGAUAGAACAACUGUAUGUGAAACUCCAACAGUUAUUAGUAAAAAUAUAAGGAAUGAAAUAAUGAAAGUAUGUGUAGGAAAAGAAAGAACAAGAAGACAUUUUAAAUUUCGAAAUAAAUACAGAAUUAAAAAAUUAUUAAGUCUUACACAUGAUAAAGAAAAUGUAAAACAUAAUAAUCCUAGCACUUUUAUAACUCCUUUAACGAAGUUACAACAUGAAUCUACUUUACCAAGAACACUAAAUCAUGACCGAUUUAAUUUUCCUCAUUCAUUUCAAUACUCAGUAACUUGGCAUGGUUCAUCUAUAGUUGAUAAUGAGGAAAAUAAUAUAUGCUUUUUUAGUUCUAAUAUAAAUGAUUUAUUAUUAUCCCCAAAAGAAAAAAGAAAAUUAAUUGAAAUAUUGGGAGAAGAACGAGUUGAUUUAAAAAACAAUUUAAUUUAUUUAGAGAGUAAUUUUUUUAAUACUUAUAAUCAUAAUGCUGCUUAUUUAGGUGAUGCAGUACAAUUUUUAAUGAAAAGAAUUAAAGUUUUGUAA